GUUCGCGAUGUUCAGCCUCAGGAGCGCCAGCAUCUGCGUCGUCGCGCUCGCGGUGAACGCAGCCGCGAGGCCUACCGUCUUUACCCAGCGCAGCACGCUCGCUCGCUCCGAUGGCUCUCCGUUGUCCCUGACGUUCAGUAUUGCCAACGACUCGGACGCAUCAGACGCGGUCCCCUAUUACGUGCCGUUAGACGGAAUCUCGUAUUCAUUCUCGGUUUCGCACUCGUCUUUGAAUGAUGGCGACGAAUUUGGACUUGUCACAGUGAUCGACCCUGGAAACUCUGCCAGUUUCUCUAGUAUACAAAGCACCGUCUCUGCUUAUUCCUCCGAGGACGACGUGUUCAACGAGGCAUUUCUCUCAACCGUAUUCCUGCGGUCGUCAUCCUCCUCCAAACUUUCCUCGAGUCUCAUCAGCAGUGUGGCAUCUAAGUUCGAAGUGAACAACAUAUUCGCUAGCUCAAGUGUGCCCUCCGCCAAGGGUGUCAGUAGCGCUGUCCUCUCGUCGCAGACGACGAUCCCGAUUGGCCCCUACGUGUACCGCAUAGGCGGGCCCUCGAAGUCAGCCUCGUUCUGGCCCGUCUAUAGGCUCUAUCCGGAUCCUCAAGAGGCCUUCUUGUACGGUGUAACUGCUGCAGCAGAUGGUGGCUUCGUCCGGUCGUCGGGAAAUGUCCCAUCUGCCGGUGACUACACCACCGUUCCGGUACCGUCUAGGCUUUACUACAAGGAAUCAUCGCUCCCGCUUGCAGGCCUUCGUGUUGGUGUCAAAGAUAUAUACGAUAUCGACGGCCUGAAAACCGGCUGUGGAAGUCGUGCUCACUUCGCUCUCUAUCCUCCCCGCAAUGCGACAGCGCCUGCAGUGCAGAGACUCAUAGACCAAGGCGCCGUCAUAGUGGGGAAGACCAAAACAUCGCAAUUCGCGAACGGGGAGACGGCUACUGCGGACUGGGUGGACCAGCUAUGCCCCUUCAAUCCUCGUGGAGACGGAUAUCAAGAUCCGUCGAGCUCGUCGAGCGGUUCUGGUGCUGCAAUGGGUGCCUAUGGUUGGCUCGAUCAUGCCAUUGGCUCCGAUACGGGUGGAUCCAUUCGUGGACCGGCGGGACAGCAGGGACUCUUCGGUAUCCGACCAUCUCAUGGGGCGAUCACCUUGGAGGACGUUAUGCCUUUAUCAGACGUGAUGGAUACUGGAGGCUACUUCGCUCGAGAUGCCUCCUCCUUCAAGACCUUCGGCCGCUCUUGGUAUGGUAGCACCUUCAAGUCGUUCCCCUCAUUCCCGAAGCGGCUUAUGGUGCCCAACGACACCUGGCCCGUCUCGAACGCUGCCUCCGAAGCUAUUUUCUCCAGCUUCAUCUCCAAGCUCCAGACCUUCCUCGGUGCUGAGUCGGACGCGACGGGAAUAUCCGCACUCUGGACAGCAACGUCCGGGGUUAACGAGACGGUCCAGGUGUACAUGAACCAGACGUACGCGACCUUGAUCGGCGCAUACCAGUACGACAACUUCGGACUGCCGUUCAUCACCGACUACAUGGCUGCCAACGGCGGCCGUGCGCCGUUCAUCGAUCCGGCGCCCAAGGCGCGAUGGGCGUACGCGACCGGUCGGGGAGAGGCCGCGUUCGAGGACGAGGGGAACAGGCGGGUGGUGUUCCAGGACUGGGUGGCCAAAGAGGUGUUCAAAGCGAGCGACGCGAGCUGCUCGGACGGGAUCCUCGUGUACCCGCAGAGCACCGGCCGCACUUCGUAUCGGAACGUCUACUUCUCGCCCCCGACUGCCCCUCUGGGCUUUUCGUAUGGACGUGUCGGGCCUUUCGCGGGCGUACCGGACUUAGUCGUCCCGCUCGGCCAGGUCGCGUACAACUCGACGAUCAGCGGCACGACGGAGUACCUUCCCGUGACGAUAUCGAUGGUGGCGAGGAAGGGGUGUGACUACAUGCUCCUGGAUCUCAUCUCUGAGCUGGAGUUGCAUGGGAUCAUCAAUAGCGUUGGCGUUGGAAAAACCGCAUUUACGAUAUGAUGCAACCAACCUGGCGUCCAUGCCAUACAGCGCAUAGACCUACCCCAUCUGCCUCAGUAGAUAAUAAAUACUGGAC